AAAAAUAAUCGGUAUACAAUUUUCUAGUUAAAAAUCCAAGUUUACGAGAGUGUAAAAUAUGCGUCGCACAAUAUUGUUUUGUUAGUAAAAUUAUAUAUAUAAAUUUUUAGUUUACUAUUGUAAAAUUGAGGUUACGCAAAUUGAAAGAAAUCAAACUCUUGAAAAAGUAAAGCUAAAAUACAAAAACGUAGUGAACAUAUCAAGAGGACACAACGGCACAUCCAUUCACUUUGUUUUGCAAAUCUGUGGAGGUAAUCUUUUUGUAUCAGAGAACCACAACAGCAAUAUUGUGCUGCUAACUACCAUGAACAACGGUUUUAGUACAGGGGAGGAAGAUUCGCGUGGAGGUCAUACUGAUCAGACGUGCUGUUUAAUUGACGAAAAUGAGAGAUGCCGCAAUCCUGCCGGUAACGCCAGUUAUAGUAAACGUAUACAGAAAACCGUCAAAGAGAAGCGUUUAAAAUUGAGCAGCGAUCCUACUUCGCAGCACAUUUAUAUAUGCGAUUACCACAAAGAUCGCAUACAAUCGGCUCGUUCGAAAAGGCGCCGUAAAGAGUCUGAGGAUGAUAGCAAUGACACUGAUAUUGAUCUACCCGAAGCGCCAGAUCUUUAUCAGCUUCAAGUCAAUACGUUACGUCGCUACAAGCGUCACUACAAGUUGCAAACUCGUCCAGGCAUGAAAAGAGCACAACUUGCUGAUACUAUUAUGAAGCACUUUAAAACGAUACCUAUUAAGGAGAAGGAAAUUAUUACCUAUUUUGUCUACAUGGUGAAAUCUAAUUCUAACAAGUUAGAUUUGAAGAAUGGUCUAAACAAUGACACAACUUAAAUCACCAUUCUUAAUCUCUCAGUUUACUGUAAAGGGUUGCUUGCUUCAAAUUUUGUAUUAACAGUCUCAAAUCCACAUUAGAUUUUAAGUCAACGUUACCUUUAAGUUACUUCUCGGUAUAUAAUAUUCUCUCUAAUACUAGUAGCAUUGUAUAUAUUUUAAUUUGGGCUGCUUUGAGUCUUGUUGUUGUUUUCACAUCCAUUUUGAGGGAAAAACGAGGGCAACUUAUUGAGUAAAAUAGCUUCAAACGAAAUAGUUAUAAAGGCAAUAAAAAAUUGAGAAAAAAAAUUUAUAAAUCAUGAAAA